CAAAAACUGUGCGGCCUAUGCUACUCUUCAACAGCUGCCGAAGAAGAGGAGCUUCACGGACUUGCCUUCGUCCAUUCAUGGGUGGAAGAGUAAGUUCGUUUUUGUAUCCCUUGGUGAGAGUGGCACCGAGUUUCCCUCUCUCGGCCAUACCGGGAGGUUCAAUCUGCAUGACCCGCCGAAGAGUUCUAUCUUGGACGCUCAGGUGGAGGCUUUCUUGGAAGGGGGGCCGAGGAGCGUGAAGGAUUAUAUCACUGAAUACAAGAUGACCGCCCUCGGCUUCUUGAGAUACCAUGUGUAUGGCGAUAAGGAGGAUGAUAUCCAACUCUGGCCGAGGAUGACCACCACCUUUGAAGAGGCCGACGGCCCGGAUUUGGGCAUUCCUGCUGAGGCCGAUGGUAAUUAUUUCUCCGGCUUUCUUUCUUUAUGAUUUGUUCUUUUGCCUUGCUAAUCUGUUGUUUUUUCCUUGUGUAGAUUUUGUCAUGGAUCGUCGUUCCAUCAUGGCAAUUGCUAAGGCCAAAGCGGCCGAGGAGUUGGCUGCAAAGGCGGCCGAGGCGGCCAGACGUGCCGCGGCCGAGGGAAGCGGGGCUACUGCUGGUGCGGCCCCAAAGCCUGCCCAAUCCAAGAAGAAAAGGCCUCCCCCUGACGGCCAGAAGAAGUUGACUGAGGCCGGCCUGAACGUCACCAAGAAGACGAAGAGGGCGCUGUCUCCUUCCCAGGCUACUGAGGCCGACACUCUUACCGUCCCCAGUGUGGACGAUAGUGGUCCUGUUGUGGACCUCACUGCUGCUCCUAGCGAUGCUGCCCAAUCGCUUCCUCUCGUCCAGGAGCCACGAACGAAGAGGGCCGGCAAGGAGAUUGCCGGUGCCACCUACCAGAAGAUGGUGGAAUACCCCGUCGGCGGGGGUGUGUUUGAUGAUGUCGUCCUUGGCCACGACGUCCUGGCCCAGGCCAUGCCGGCCAAGGAUAGGGCCUAUCUGAAGAGGCUCGGGGACGUGAAGGUAUACGAAGGCGGGAUGGACCUCCUCGUCCAAGGUGCCUUCAUGCUCAUGGAGAGCCACAAGAGGCAAUACCGGGAGAUAGCUCGUCUGAAAGAGCUUGAGCAGAAAGCUGCCACGGCCGAUGAGGCGGUCGCUUGCUUGGAUAGGCUCCGGGAGGAUGCCAAGGCCUUGCAACAGAAGGCCGACGAGAUCGCCGCAGCCAGGGACGAUGCCGUGGCCAAACUCGAAGAGAGCCAAAGGGCGCUUGAGGCCGAGCGGCGCAAGAGCGAGGAUGCCGUGAAGGCAAAAGCUGAGGCCGAGGCUGCCGCUGUGAAGGCUGCUGAUGAGGUCGCUGAGCAGUUCUUGGCCGAUGGGUGGAAGGCCGAUGAGCGGCUCCCCUGGUGUUAUGAAGUGGUGGCCGCCAGGCUUGAAGAUUGGGGGAUGAACUCCCCCGCCGGCCAGGAGUAUUUCAGCAGGGAGAUGGCCGUGUACUAUAACAUGGGCCAGGAGCGGAUGCAGAGGCUCCUGUGUCGGCGGCUAUCUCGUGCUCUGAAGGCCAUGAAUUACACAUCCGGGUGGGCUAGACGGAACUUGAAGCUUCCAAAGCUGAUGAAAGAUCCCGAAGAGCAGGCCAAGCUUCCUCUGUCGGAGCGGGAGUCCCCCAUUGAGAGUUCCGGCCUCGGCGAGCCGGAUUACACAGAGUUUGAUUUCCUGGACGAUGCCACCAGUGCUGCGGCUGCCGGCGGCCAGGAGGCUGAGGCCGAGGAGGGAGCCGAGGACGUCGAAGAGCCAGCUGCGGAUGGAGGUGCCCAAGAGGCUUGAUCGGCUGCUCCCCGCUCCCUUGUAAUUAGCUUUUUCAUUUUGUGCCCAAUUGAUGUAAUGGCCGAAGCGCCCACAAUUGUACUGAAUUGAUUAUAAAUGAAAAUUUUUGAUGCCCUGCUCGGCCAUGAAUUCCUUGUAUGCUUAUUUUCCUUUGCCAUUUCAAUUCUGAAAUUUGUCUAAGUGUCAAGGUUAUAA